AAUGGUGGCUUCCAUCGAAGGUGACGUGUUUCAUUUAUGGUGUAAACAACAGCUGAAUCCGUGAUGUUUUUGACACGUUAAACAGUGCAAAUAUAAGGCCAGUAUUCUAAAGCAAAAUGACAUAAAACAUCGGGGAAUGCAUACAACAAAUUCCAAGCAUACACAACAUGCCAAGAAAUGUACUAUCAAAGAGGAGGAAGCAAAUUCUUCUUCUCAUUGCUGCUGCUGGAUUUAUUUUCAUCACCUUUCAGAUCUUUUCACUGUCAGCACUGAACAUCAGCAACAGACUCUCAGCUCUCAGGGCUAUGGAUGAGGACGGAGAAGUUGGGAUCAACAUUGUUCGAGGAAAUCGGCACGUCAGGAAUCAAGCAAUAGAAGAGUUUGACAUGCAUGUAGAAGUAGACGUUGAUCAAAGAAAAGCUAUCAGGGCAGAUAACUCCGACAACCAUGUCCUGAAAGUUAAACCUGUGGAAAGUAAUGAUUUGCCACCAGAGGGCAGUAAAGUGGGAGAGGAAUCAUCGGUGGAUGUAGCUAGUCUUCCGAGAGGUGUACAUAGAACAGAUGGGAAAUACUAUAAACAAAUUGAAGGAAACAUGUUCCUUUGUCUUAAUAAAAAAAAAAACAUUCCAUUUUCUCAAGUAAAUGAUGACUUUUGUGAUUGUGAUGAUGGAUCUGAUGAACCAGGAACGUCUGCAUGUUUGAAUGGAAGAUUUUUCUGCACCCAUCAGAUCCCAGACCAACGGCCACAAAGUAUUCCGAGUAGUCGGGUCAAUGACGGCCUCUGUGACUGCUGUGAUGGCAGCGAUGAGUGGGGCGAAAUACCACCACCACCUGCUGUACAGCGUGCAGCCCGGAACACUGCUACAGUGUUGACAGUGCCUUGCCAGAAUCUGUGUAACAAGGUCAUACAGAGGAAGGAGGAAGAUGAAAAGAUCCGGGAGAUCGGAAAACGCCAUCGGCUGGAGUAUAUCAAGGCUGCUGCACACCUUCAUGGCGAAGAAAAGGAGAAAUUUGGUCCUGAUGGUGUUUUCUUCAAAUUGAGUCGGAGUUGCUUCCCUUUAAAAUCAUCAGGGUAUGAAUAUACAAUUUGUCCUUUCAAGAGUGUAAAACAGCAACAGUUCCCUCGGGCGUCAAAGUUACUUGGUGAGAACCCAGAGUGGGAAUACAUGUCAGAGGGACUAUACAUACUUAAUAUGUUAAAUGGUGCAUCACAUCUCUGUCCGGGAGAGAUGCCUCGCAAAUCUGUGAUAUCAUUCCUUUGUGGUAUGAAUGAUCGAGUCCUGUCUAUCCUAGAACAGGAAACUUGUGUUUAUAGCAUCAAAUUUUCUACUCCAGCUGCGUGUUAACCCCUAACUACGUACCUAGUCUGUAGCUUUCAGUACAAGGAUUUCUAGCUAUGUACCUAGUCUGUAGCUUUCAGUACAAGGAUUUCUAGCUGUGUACCUAGUCUGUAGCUUACAGUACAAGGAUUUCUAGCUAUGUACCUAGUCUGUAGGUUUCAGUACAAGGAUUUCUAGCUACGUACCUAGUCUGUAGCUUACAGUACGAGGAUUUCUAGCUAUGUACCUAGUCUGUAGCCUACACUUCUAGGUGUGUGCUGGAGGAUAUAUAUAACUUUAUAUUUUGUGUUCUGUCUAUUAUGUGACUGUACUUCCAAUGGCAUCUCAAUUGAAUACCCAACCCAGACUCCUUCCUCGGUCAUUGCAUUACCCAUUGUUAUUUAUUGAACGUGAAGACAAGCCUCAAUGCAUAGCGUGUCAAGAACCAAUUACAGUAAAACACUUAGUAGAUUUUAUUGCCCUUCAGCCAACUCGAGAACAUAUCUAUAAUAAUGAUUCAUGUCUGAAAUCUCUUUUCAAUAAAAUAGCUUUACUGUCUACAGUUUUAAACUAUCUGAAAGCUGUUGGUCUUUUUAAAAACAUAUGAGUCAGCAUAGCCACUGUAAAUGUUCAAGUUGAUGUUUGUCUUUUACUUUUGUUUGAUGUUAUUUUAUUUUACAUUUUUGUUGUUGACCUUCUGUUUGCCCUAAUGAUCUCUCUUGCGUUGAUGGGCCUUAAGCAUGUAAUAACAGUAAUAGUAAUACCACCGGAGUGAACAAUUAGAGGAUUGUAUCAUGCUCAAGGAUACAACACCAUGCUCGACAGCUAGCCUAGAAUCAACUUCAGAGCCAUCUGCUGGUCGGCUGAGGCUAACAUGAUACCCACUGUGUAAUGGUGCUUCUUAAAUUGUUUGUGUUUUACAUCCAAUUAACAUCUAUGGUCAUUAAAGGACGUGCCAGGUUUUUGGGGCAGUACC